AUGGCUUCAUCAGGUUUUUCACCAGCUGCACCACCAGUCUUCAAUGGAGAAAGAUUUCAUAUCUGGGUAGUCAAAAUGAAGACUUACCUGCAGGCAUUCGAUCUAUGGGAGGUAGUAAAUUUAGAUGCUGAGCCUGCACCUCUCAGAGCAAAUCCAACAGUUGCUCAAAUGAGGCAACAUGCUGAUGAAAGAACAAAAAGGCACAAGGCCAUGUCAUGCAUACAAAACUGUGUUUCAGAUGUGAUUUUCACAAGAAUCAUGGCCUGUGAAACACCAAAGGAGGCUUGGGACAAGCUGAAAGAAGAGUUUCAAGGGACUGAGAGAACAAGGCAACAACAGCUUCUCAACUUGAGAAGAGACUUUGAAAAUAUGAAGAUGAAAGAAGAAGAAAUAGUCAAGCAGUAUUCAGAUAGAAUUAUGGUUGUUGUAAACAACAUAAGGCCCCUAGGAGAGCAGUUCAGUGAAGCCAGAAUAGUGGAGAAAGUCAUAUCCACCCUACCUGAGAGGUAUGAGGCAAAAAUCUCAUCUUUCGAAGACUCAAGGGACUUGACAACCAUUUCCCUAACUGAGUUAAUUAAUGCCUUGUAUGCACAAGAGCAAAGAAGGGCUAGCAGACUGGAAGAGCACCAAGAAGGAGCCUUCCAAGCCAAAGCCAAGCCAACAUCAAGUACCUUUGCUCAAAAAGGUAAAAAGACUUGGAAGGACAAGUCUAGGUAUGAAAACACAAGAAAGAGGGAUCAAUCCUGCAGAUAUUGCAAAAGGGCUGGUCAUCCUGAAGCAGAUUGCUGGUUCAGACCAGAUGCUAUAUGUCAGCAUUGCAAAAAGAAAGGCCAUGUGGAUAGGUUUGCAAAAACAAAGGCAAACCGAGGUAGAACCAAUUUCAGCAACCAAAGGCUGAAGCACGAGUAG